UCCAGAAGUGCAGACUUCCUUUGAAAGUGAAAGUGUCUUCAAGGUACAAGUUCACCUGUUGAAGAUGAAGAGCUUCAACGUGUUGGUGAUCCUCCUGCUCGUUUCCCAGCAUGCCUUGUGUGUGGAGGUGUCUGAGGGGGCGGAGUCUGUGCUGCUGCCCUGCCUCCAUGGCGUCUCUCAGAUGGAUGGCGUUCUGUGGCUGAGCAGCAGCAGCUCCACGGUUCACGCCCGGAAGCAGAGCGGGGACGACCUGGGUCAACAGGACCCUCGGUACCAGAACCGGACCUCGAUGAGGGAGGACGCUCCUCAGAGCGGAAACCUCAGCCUCACUCUGUCCAGACCCUCCGUCAGCGACACCGACAACUACACCUGCAUCGCCAGGUCCAAGGGACAAGACCUGAACCGCUCAGUGGUUCUACUGAUCGUCACACGUCCUGUGGAAACAGAGUCAUCGUCAGUGUGGUGGAAGGUCCUCGUUCCCCUGGGAGCUGCUCUCGCCAUUGGUCUCGCCUUGUUCCUUUGGUGUAAAAGGAGAAGAGACAGACAAGGUCGACACGAGUCACACAACUUGGAGCAACUCUCCACUUCAGUCCUAAAGGUGGAGGUGGAAUCAGGGGCGGAGUCUGUCCAGCUGCCCUUCAGAACCACAGCUGACCUGUCUGAAGAAGACAAAGUGGAGUGGAUGAGGGGGGGCGACAUGAAGGUCCACGUGUAUCAGAACAUCUCAGAUCAGCCUGGAGAACAGCACGAGGAUUACAGAGGCAGAACACACAUGAGUGAGGACCCACUGGGAACCGGUGACCUCAGUCUGACCCUGGAACACCCCACAGUCACAGACAGCAACACCUACACCUGCACCAUCAGCAGGGACGGACGAGUCCUGGGGAGACAACAAGUGGAGCUAAAGGUCAAAGUCCUAAAGGUGGAGGUGGAAUCAGGGGCGGAGUCUGUCCAGCUGCCCUUCAUAACCCCAGCUGACCUGUCUGAAAAAGACAAAGUGGAGUGGAUGGGGGGGGGCGACAUGAAGGUCCACGUGUAUCAGAACAUUUCAGAUCAGCCUGGAGAACAGGACAAGGAUUACAGAGGCAGAACACACAUGAGUGAGGACCCACUGAGAACCCGUGACCUCAGUCUGACCCUGGAACACCCCACAGUCAGAGACAACCACACCUUCACCUGCACCAUCAGCAGGGACGGACGAGUCCUGGGGAGAAAACAGGUGGAGCUAAAGGUCAAAGACCAAACGGUGGAGGUGGAAUCAGGGGCGGAGUCUGUCCAGCUGCCCUUCAGAACCACAGCUGACCUACCUGAGAACUCAUCCUUGAGAUGGUUGAUUGAUGAACCAUUCAAAAAAGUCCAUUAUUUUUGUAUUGAUAAUGAUGUGCCUGAAGAACAGCACGAGGAUUACAGAGGAAGAACACAGAUGAGUGAAGACCCCCUGGGAACCGGUGACCUCAGUCUGACCCUGAGACACCCCACAGGCACAGACAGGAACACCUACACCUGCCGGGUGUUCAAUCAGGACCAACAAUUCCUGAGAGAGAAAACUGUGCGGCUUGAGGUCAAAGAUAGAAUCCUGGUCGAAGAUGAAACGAUCAACAAUAGAAGAAGCAGUUCCACUGAUCCAACUCCUCUGAUGGCGGAUCAAUCCCAUCAAUGAAAUUAAUCUGCCUGUUGUUAUUCUGAUUUCUGUCUCGUCAGGUUUAUUAUUUUCCUUCUCUGAGUCCAGAGCUGUAGGAUCCAGAUCUGUUACCACUGCUGAUCUAGUAUCAAUACCUUGUUGAUGAUGUUGUGACCUGGUGCUGUUUUAAUGAAUAAUAUUAUUAC